AUGGCAGAGAAACAGCGAGGCUACGAUGUCAUCUGCUUCAUGGCAAACAUCGGCCAGGAAGAGGACUUCGAAGCGGCCAAAGCGAAAGCGCUCAAGAUCGGUGCGAAGGAGUGCUACGUCGAGGAUGUCAUCGAUGAGUUCGUUCGAGAGCUGUGCUUCCCUGCCAUCCAAUGUAACGCCUCAUACGAGAACGUCUACCUGCUCGGUACCUCCCUCGCCCGACCUGUCAUCGCUCGCGCUCAGAUCGCUGUUGCCCAGAAAGAGAACUGCCAAUUCAUCUCACACGGCUGCACAGGAAAAGGCAAUGACCAGGUUCGCUUCGAGCUGGCUUUCUAUGCUCUACAGCCCACGAUCAAGGUCAUCGCCCCGUGGCGUAUCCCAGAGUUCUACGAAACCUUUAAGGGCCGCAACGAUCUCCUAGACUACGCCGCAAAGCAGGGCAUUCCAGUGACCAGCACAAAGUCCGCUCCUUGGUCCAUGGACGAGAACCUUGCUCAUUGCUCCUACGAAGCCGGCAUCCUCGAAGACCCCGACGUCGAGCCGCCCGCAGAGAUGUGGAAACUCACCCAAUCACCCUUCACUGCCCCGGACGAGCCCGAGGACGUGACCAUCGAGUUCCGCAAAGGUCUACCCGUAAGCCUCAAGUCAGCCUCAACGGGCACUACCACAGCCCCAACCGAACUCUUCCUCGCCGCCAACGCCCUCGCCCGCAAGCACGGAGUCGGCCGCAUCGACAUCGUCGAGAACCGCUUCAUCGGCCUCAAGUCCCGCGGCUGCUACGAAACACCCGGCCUUACCAUCCUUCGCAACGCCCACAUCGACCUCGAGGGCUUGGUCAUGGACCGCGAAGUCCGCGGCCUGCGCGACCAGUUCGUUACCGUCAACUACUCCAAGAUCCUCUACAACGGCAUGUAUUUCAGUCCCGAGCGUGAAUUCCUGGAGGCCUCCAUUAUCGAGUCCCAGAAGCAGAUCAAUGGUCAAGUGCGCCUGAAGCUGUACAAGGGCAACUGCAUCAUCGUGGGCCGCAGCUCGGAGACGGAGAAGCUGUAUGAUGCGCAACAGUCGAGCAUGGAUGAGAUUGGCGAUUUCCAACCGAGUGAGACGGGCGGCUUCAUUACCGUGCAGGCCAUUCGGUUGAAGAAGUUUGGGCUGGCGAAGGAGGAGCGGGGGGAGAGUCUGGUCAAGCCUAGGAAGUAG